UUGCCAUGCCGUAAACCGUUUUGUACGAGCUGCCAGUAAAGACAGCAUAGGCCUUUAAGCUUAUAAAUUGGUUGACGAUGAAAGCUGGGUUAUUUACACGCACUUUCAUUUUAACGUUAUAGAUCGUGUUUUAGUCUUUCUCACGAUGAUCAUAGAGCAUGUGGACGCACUGAAGACGUGGCUUGCGAAACUCCUGGAGCCCAUAUGUGACGCUGACCCUGCAGCUCUGGCCAACUAUGUGGUGGCUCUUGUAAAGAAAGACAAACCUGAGAAGGAGCUUAAAGCCCUUUGCGCUGAUCAGCUUGAAGUCUUCCUGCAAAAAGAGACUGUGGGAUUUGUUGAAAAACUGUUUGAAAGCUUGACAACAAAAAACUACCUAGGAAAUCCUCCUCCAAAGGAAACCCCUAAAGAAGAUGUGAAGCAACCUGUAACUAAAACUGAGUCUGUGGAGCCUGAAAUAUCAGAAGAGGAGAGAGAAAACAGACGUCGGAGGAGUCCUCUGAGGAGCCGCUCUGACUUUAAUGAAUCCAGGAGGGUAGAGGAGAGAAGACGUGAUGACCGCAAACGUCGGGACUUUGAUCGCCACGGGAAAAGCGGCAACGACUCCCACAGAGAGCGGGAGAGACAUGAGCGUCGCCGUGGUAGCCCUCGGGGGCGGAGCUACAGCCGGAGCCGCAGUCGGAGCAGGAGCGGCAGCAGAGGGAAGAGCCGGGACCGGGAGCACCGUGGAGGUAGAGAUUUUAAGCCCAAGUUUGAUGUGGAGAGGAAGGACUCAGAAAACUUCACCACAGCCUCAUCAGGGACCCCUUCACAGCAGCACCCAUCACCUUUGCUCCCCACCCCACCACAUCCAUACUCAACUUCGAGCGGGGUGUCGGGGCCUCCGGGUGUCCCCGUGGUCACACCGGCUCACCUACCCGACAGCACCACAGACAGCUGGUCCACUUUCUAUAGCAACCAGAGGCUGGACCCUGGCAAACCAUUUGUCAACAAGACCACCCCACUCAAGCAGCGCUGCAGAGACUAUGAUGAGAAGGGCUUCUGCGUCCGUGGCGACCUGUGCCCAUUCGACCACGGUAACGACCCCCUGGUGGUGGACGAUGUGAACUUGCCCAACAUGUUGCCAUUCCCCCCAGCGCCUGUACUCCCCCCGCCCCCUGGGAUACCUCUGCCUCCCAUGACAGAGCCCCCUCCCCCCCUACGGAUCAACCCCAUGCCCCCCUAUGGCCAGCCACCACCUCCAGGGGUCUUCCCGGGACCCCCACUGAUAGUCACCAGUGGGAUUGACACACCCAACCACCAAUCGGCUCUCACUUCUUCUCCUCCCAUUGGACCGCCUGGCGUUGGCCUGCCACCUCCUACUCUUCCUCCUCCUCCCUCGUCCUCCUCCGUUUCUCUGCAUCCUCAGUUUGUCCAGUCUGAAUAUAACUAUGACGCAGAGGGUUAUAAUCCUGAGGCUCCGGGCAUGACUGGAGCAGGUCGCAGCGCCCCCUUUCGUCACUUCAUUCCUCGGGUUCAGACACAGCGCCCAAACCUCAUCGGGCUCACAUCCAACGAGGGCCAAGGCAACAGAGCUGCCAACAUAGUGAUCCAGACAGAGCCCUCCUCCGGCAGCAGCACUACAGUACCAAACCGCUUCAGCUCAGAGCAGGAAGUCAGGAAGAGGAGCCUCGAGACUGGCCCAACCGACGGUCCACAGGCCAAGAAGCCCUGGAUGGACAAGCCUGGCUUCAACAACCAACACAAAGGCCCCUUUCCUAAGAGGAACCAUUAUAUCAACACCAAACUGGAGGUGCGCAAGAUCCCACGGGAGCUAAAUAACAUCACCAAACUCAACGAGCACUUCAGCAAGUUUGGUACCAUCGUCAACAUCCAGGUGGUGUUUGGUGGGGACCCAGAGGCAGCACUGAUCCAGUACACAAAGAAUGAGGAGGCGAGGCGGGCUAUCUCCAGCACUGAGGCCGUCCUGAACAACCGCUUCAUCAGAGUGUACUGGCACCGAGAGCCCGGGGCCAACCACACAGGGGCCCCAGGGCAGGAACAGGGCACAGGACCCCAAACUGUGCCACCGCAACCCAACCAUGGACCCCAGCACCCCACUGUGCAUAAGGGGAUAAAGCAGCACAAUGCAGCUGCCUACGUUUUGAACAAGACUGUGCAUAAACCUCGGCCUCAGACCACAGCCGGGACGUCCGGUGUGAGCCCAGCGGACAGCGCCAGUCUUGAGCCUGCCCCUGUGGCAUCUGCUCCGACCAACUCUCAGAAAGCGCCCUUCGCUCCGACCUCCCUAAAGUCCUCCUCAAAGAGUCUGGGGAAAACAGCCAAAGUACUCAUUGCACAAGAAGCUCUCAAGCAGAAGCAGGAAGCAUUAAAACUUCAGCAGGACAUGAGGAAGAAGAAGCAGGAGAUGUUGCAGAAACAAAUUGAGUGCCAAAAAGCCUUAAUAAACCGUCUGGAGAAAAACAGAGGGAUGAAGCCAGAAGAAAGAGCAAACAUCAUGAAGACACUGAAGGAGCUGACUGACAAAAUCUCCCAGCUUCAGAAUGACCUGCACCCAGUCGCUCAGGUCACCAGUGCCAAAGCCAACAACAACCAGCCCAAGAAUAAAAGCGAUGCCCAGAAGGAGCUGCUAGAUGCUGAGCUCGACUUUCACAAGAAGAUGAACUCUGGAGAGGACACCACCGACCUCAAGAGGAAACUGGGGCAGCUACAAGUGGAGGCAACACGGUUAGGCCUGAUCCGCUCUCCUUCAGGCCGGGGCCGGGGCAGAGGAAAGAUGUCCGCUGAUCACGGAGCAGGACACGUGGGGCGGGGCAGAGGACGCAGCCGGGACGGGCUGGGCAGGGGGGGCACCGUGAACCGCAUGGUGGUGGACCACAGGCCCAGAGCUCUGGCCAUCCUGGGGGUCACACAGGAGGAGAAGGAGGAGCUAAUGCCGCACUUUGUGAAAUUUGGAGAGAUUGAGGAUUUGCGUGACCAUGAUGCCAACAGUGUUGUAAUGACAUUCAAAACAAGAAGUGAAGCAGAAAAUGCCGCCAACCAGGGAGCAAAGUUCAAAGGUCGUGUGCUUCAGAUUUCUUGGUACAAGCCCAAGACCCCCUCCGUCACAACUGAACCCGAGGAGGAAGACGCCAAAGAAGAGGACAGCUCGAAGGAGAGUGGCUCUUUUCUGGCGGAGGAGGAGGAAGAGGAGGAGGAUGACGACGAAGAUGACGAGUAUGAGAGCAGAUCCUGGAGACGAUAGUGAAAUACCCCUCCACAAAAAAACUGAUCUUGUUUUGUGUUCAGUAUUUUGAAGCAAAAUUAUUUUUAACACAAGUCUUUAGGUAACAUCAGAAGACACAGAGGGCUGAAUUAUUUACCCUCGAUAUUAACACAAACCUGAUUAAGAUAUCUCACUUUUGCUGAGAGUAGAACGUGUCUAAGUUGUCCUCAUAGAUAUAGUACAAAUCUAUGUACGUUUCAGUGUGCUUACCAGACGAUUCGUAUCAGUAAUGCACAACAUUUGUGUCUACUGUGAAUAGGUAUUUUUAUACAUAUUCUGUAUUUAAACGCCAUUUUUGAAGACUUUUUGUCCCAAGUUUUAGGGACACACCCAUUCCAUCACAAAUUCUAGUAAGAAGUAAGAUUUUUAUUUUUCCACAAGUGCACUGUGCAGUACCUGAAGGAGAUUUCACACAAUAGGUAUAAUAUGACCUCUAAAAACAUCCAUGUACAUUUCUACUACCCACUACUUUGCUUGCCGUUUUUGAUAGCACUAGUUGCAUGCUCAUUUCCAGUACAUUGAAUACAGUCCCUUAAGCCAGCGCAGGUACAGAAGGAUCCCAGUGCAAUAGACAACACUGACGUUUACAAGUUCUCCACUCACAUCUAAUACGGUUUUAUAGGAAGCUUUCUCCCGUUCAUGAAGCAUCUUUGUGCACUAGAAUAUUGCGGUAAAGUCUGUUCAAUAAUAUAUAGUCAUCCCCUAAAAUCCACACAUUUCUUCAGUACACAAGAGUUCUGAAAGUUGAGAGUUCUGUGUAAUUGUUAGAAAAGUACUACUGACAACAAUCACUUUCCACAAUUGUCUAGUGCAUAAAGUAUGUGUUCACUCUGUCUGUUUGGUAUCUUACACUUCUUUCUUAAGUCAUACGAAAGGCCUGUUAGGACAUGGUCAUCUCACGUGAUCUAAAGACAGGGGUUUGAAUGUAAACGUUGUUGAUUUUAAUAUAUAUAAUUUUGCCUUACAAUCAGCAAACGGCUGAAUUUUUACAAGAGUUAACAUUUACUUUUGUACAUUUUGUAAAUGCUUGAGAGAGUAAUUACUGUUGUAUCUUUUUGUUGUUUUAAUAUGUCAGGUAGAAAUGCAAAGCAAGAGUGUCUCUGCUUAUUUAAAUUGAGUGCUCCCUUUUUUUUUUUUUUUUUUUCGCAUACUCACAUUUUAAGUUGCACAAUAUUCAUCUGUGGCAAAUGGAAGACACAAGAAGCUGACUCACUCUGGGUGCAUGCAAAUAAAUCCAAAUAUUGUGGGAAAGUCUAAAACGUUUAUCUUACAUAAUUACUUAGGCACAGUGUUUUUUUUAAAAUAAAUAAAAAUCUACACACAUAGGUUAUACAUGCAGUAUGUUGGGUUGAAAACAAAAUCAGAAAACCUACUUUCCAGUGUUUUUAUGGCAAGAUGAAUUUUAUUUAUUUAUACAGAGGGAGAUAUUCCCCUAUUAUCUGGGCAGUGGGACAAAGUGGUAAUAUAACCAGCAAUCCUCUGGUUAGUGAGCAAACUGCUAAACUUCCUUCUUCACUUUCAAACUCAAUCAAACUUUCCCACAAUAUUCUGAUUUCUUUUGCAUCUGUGAGGCUCAGCAUGUACACUGGUUUCUCUAUACUGUAUACUGUAAGCUAGUGUUCCUGGGAUGUUCAAUGAAUAAUGAUAAAAAAACACAAGAAUAUCUAUUAAUCUAGAAUUCGGUCUCCCUUAGAAUGCAUAUUUUGCUUUAUAUUUCCAAGACCCAGAGAACACUAUCUACUUAUCUACUUGUUGACUGAAAAUCUGCAUAGCAUCUCUUAAUGUUUGGAUUUUGUUGUUAACAGUUUCACAAGCUGAUUUUAAGUAAUACCAUUAUUGGACAGGGCUCUUGCUUGUGAAGAUACAGAGGUCUUUGAUUCAAUUUUGUAUAACUCCUGUAUGCUACUGCUAUCACAAUAGUGUAAAAAUGUGUAAUAUGUUUAUUGGACAAUAGUUUUUUGGAUAUGUUACUGUUUAUAUUUGCAGGAUGUGGACGUAUUUUCUUCAUGUAUUUUGUUUGUAAAAAUGGAUUUCUAAUUUACUAGCAUGUUUGCUUUGGGCAAUAAAGAGGGAGGAAUGGGAUGCUUGAAACACAUGAACGAAAAAAAAAAAAGAAAAUUCAAAAGAUUUUUUAAAUUGGACCAAGAAAAGAUUGAGAGAAAAAAAAAUAAAUGAAAUAUUGGAAAAUUUAAAAGAUGAAAGUGAAAAAAAUGCAAGCCAAAGCAUUCCUGAUAAUAUUACUCUUAA